AUGACCUGACGACAUCUGGCUCCCUCCAUCAUCCAAGCUCUGUCGGGUAGGACAACUCUCCCACAUCUUCAGAGAGUGCUACAUCCUCAUUUUCCAAAGACCUCCAACACCCCGGGAUUAACCGGUCCCAGCCCCACAGAGACCCUCUGCCAACCCGCUUCACAAAAAAAUUGACAAUGUAUUGCUUACAGUGGCUACUUCCUGUGCUGCUCAUCCCCAAGCCGCUGAACCCAGCGCUGUGGUUCAACCACUCCAUGUUCAUGGGCUUCUACCUGCUCAGCUUUCUGCUGGAGAGGAAGCCCUGCACCAUCUGUGCCUUGGUCUUCCUCGCUGCCCUCUUCCUCAUCUGCUACAGUUGCUGGGGCAACUGCUUCCUGUACCACUGCCAGGACACGGCACUGCCGGACAGCGCCCAUGACCCGGCGAUUGUCGGGACUUAGGAGCGGAGAGAGAUAUCGGAAAGGGGAAUGGGGGGUGCAAAGGGUGAUGAGGCGUUGCUUGGGAAAGAUUUUGCCAUGCUGUAAAUGGGGACAGGCUACACUUCUAGGGGUUUGAGAGCAGUGUAGAAGAGAUGUUAGAGGACUGCGGGAUGGUAAUACUGCAAAUACAGAUGGCCCUCGGACAAAAGCGGUAUUGAGGAAGAAAAGAGCCAGUUUGGGUAAAUUAACAGGGGCUCAACAGACUUGAACUUGAGGAGGAGAGGAGGGAUGCCAGAGGGGACAAUAUGGAAACUUUUAUGUAACAGGAAAGGAAGUCGUGGCGUCCAAACUUGGAAUGCUAAGCAAAGAACAUGACUGAACUUGAGGAAAGAAGCGUUUCACUUUCAUUCAGCAUUUGAAUGAAAAUUAGACAAUAAAUCCACCACAUGUUAACUUAAAGUCACCGCUGUGUUUCAGUAUCCCGGUUCCUUGCUUCCGGUAUUCUUGUUUACUUCCAUCAUUGCUCACGGGAGAAGUUGUUUACUUCAUUCUGACGCGUCAUCUUUUUAAAAUAAACUGCCAACAUUCACUUAAUCGUACUGAAAGGGUGUUUUCACUGGCAGCCACGCUUGCUUUACAGUAACCAUACUUUGUACACCAGGUAGUGUUAAAGAAUGGUUGACAUGUUGGCCACAGGCUUUACAGGAACAGGACAAACAUGCUUCUCACAGUCAAACCUGACCAAACUGUCGCCAUUUUUGCUCUGCACACUUUCCUGAACAAAGUGUGCACACAGACACUGGACAAUCAAUAACUAUGCUGUGAAUAAUUCCUCCUUUGCCGCAUCGCCACGCAAACACACCUCAGAAGGUGUACGACUGCUGAGAUACUAUGUUCUCCAGCUGCCCCUCUUCAUCCUCAUCUCCGCCUCAGAUCGAACGUGCCCUGCUGCCAGACCUCUAUUUUUAUUUUUAUUGUGCAUGGGUUGCUGUUAUUUUGUUUUGUUCAAGAAAUAAGUUCACACAUUUUAAUCAAUUCAAUUCAGAAAAAAUGCUGAACGUUUCCAAAGGGUAGAAUAAUCUGGAUGUGUGGAGAAUGUGUGUAUGAAAUAAAAUGUGUGAUAGGUGUUUCUUUUUUGUGAUCAUGAUAAGCGUUAUAAAGGGGCGAUACACAAGGUGACAGUAAUGCGUGUUUCAGUGUCAAAAAGCAAUACAGAGUGCUGGGAAAUGAAAAUUCUCACUGACAGGUUUAUUGGUAAUUGCGCUCUCAGUAAGAAGGUUCCCUUGUGUCUCACUGCUGUAAGUGUUAUGUUUAGCUGUCAGGCUAAGGUGUUCAUACUGUGUUCCUAUUAGUGUGUGUGUGGCCUCCUGUCGCAGUCCUCAACAUGCUCACUGCUACAUUAUUGCUUUGGUUUUAAUUUAAAUAAAGUUUUUCCUUUCAACAUGUUAAA